AUGGCUCCUACCACUUGGCCCGGAAAAAUUAUCGCAGGAAUGCUUUGUGUCAUAAGUGUUCUAUUCAUGGCAAUGCCCAUUUCUGUGCUGGGCAAUGCGAUGUCCAACACUUGGGCGGACCGGCACCGUAUUUUGCUCAUGACACAGACUCGUCGCAGAUUAAAAAAUUUGGGAUACACGGCAGAAGACAUGCCGAAGCUCUUUAAGAAAUUUGACAAAGAUGGUAACGGUGAUUUGGAAAUGGAAGAAUUUUGUGACUUGGUGGCUACCAUGAGAGUUGGAAUCAAGCCCUCCGAGGCGUCAGAGCUCUUCAUGGCUUUCGACUCGAAUGGAGAUGGCGGCAUCAGUGAGAUGGAAUUUAUGAAAGCGUUGUUCCCCCUGGACUACCGGCGGAUCUACCGGAGGAUGUCCGGCAUGACCUUCGGCGCGUAG